CUCCAAAACAUACAUGUUGAAUAGAAUAGAAUAAAAUAGAAUUUUUUUAUUGGCCAAGUGUGAUUGGACACACAAGGAAUUUGUCCAUAAAUACAACAUUUUAGGAUUACAAGUCCUUAAUCUAUGUUAUAACGUCAUAAAAUAGUCUUUAGGCGGCCGUCUUACAUAGGAAAAAGGAGCUUUGCGGCUUGGUGAAAACGUCUUAGGAGCCGCCUUAGACUUUAAUGCCAAUCCCGGAAAUUCGAGUCCCUCUCGCGAAAGAGAAGCCCGCGCGGGAACCCGCACUGGCUCUCCUGCAAGCUGCGCACCUUUGGCCUCCCGGUUGCUCUUUUAAGCUCUCCCGCCUCCUCCUCAGUCGCUCUCGGCGUUGCCCGUUUAAGGCCGCCUCGGUCGGGUGUGCGGAGCGGAGGCUGGGCUUGCCGGAUCCGAAAGACGGAAGGAGGGGAGGGAUCGGCGAAAGCCAGUCUCGCCGGCAGGAUGGCGGAGAAGCGCGUGUCCCGCUGGUACUUCGGGGGCCUGGCCUCUUGCGGGGCGGCAUGCUGCACGCACCCGCUGGAUUUACUCAAGGUUCAUCUGCAAACUCAGCAGGAAGUGAAGAUGCGCAUGACAGGGAUGGCGCUACGUGUGAUUCGCAACGAUGGUUUUCUAGCACUCUACAAUGGGCUCAGUGCCUCGCUUUGCCGACAAAUGACGUACUCUCUCACCCGCUUUGCCAUCUAUGAGACAGUGCGAGACAGCUUGAGCCAGGGUGCCCAGGGGCCAUUGCCCUUCUACCAGAAGGUGCUGCUAGGUGCAGUAGGAGGAUUUACUGGUGGAUUCGUGGGGACCCCAGCUGACAUGGUGAAUGUCAGGAUGCAGAAUGAUAUUAAGCAGCCGGCACAUCUGCGACGCAACUACUCCCAUGCCUUGGAUGGCCUGUAUCGGGUGUUUCGUGAAGAGGGUGUGAGGAAAUUGUUCUCAGGAGGAACAAUGGCAUCCAGCAGAGGAGCCUUGGUUACCGUUGGACAGCUCGCUUGCUAUGACCAGGCAAAGCAGUUGGUUCUUGGGACCGGUUUACUCGCUGACAAUAUUUUUACUCAUUUCCUGGCCAGUUUUAUUGCCGGAGGAUGUGCUACAUUCCUGUGUCAGCCCUUGGAUGUGCUAAAAACACGACUUAUGAAUUCCCAAGGCGAAUAUCGGGGUGUCAUGCACUGUGCAGUGGAGACAGCCAAGCUUGGGCCAUUGGCUUUUUAUAAGGGCCUUGUUCCUGCCGGCAUUCGCUUGGUCCCUCAUACUGUGCUCACCUUUGUCUUCCUGGAGCAACUACGCAAAUACUUUGGGAUUAAAGUAUUGACCUAAGGGAGAAGAGACUUUUUAGAGUUAAAAAAAAAGAUGGGGAACAGGGACUACAGAGUCCCAGAAUUGUUGGGUGUCAUAUUCUUUCCCUCCUUGAGGGGCAGGUAUCCCCUUCAGUGCCAGGGCACUGUCUGACAUCUCACAGAAAGUCCUUGUUUGGCAUCUGCUCAUGGCCAGCUCUUCAAUAUGAUUUGGUGCCUACUAGUGGAGUAGCCCACUAGGAUUUUCAGUGACCAGUCCCCAAUACCUCUCUUCUCUGCCCGUCAGCACCCAUCAGGACCUUUUCAGUGUUGAAGGCUUGCUGAUACCACAGCAUUCCUCAUCAACCCCCAGCCUCUCUGUCACCUUGCCAUAAUAGCCAGCAUUCCAACAGCCAUGUCUGAUUUUUUUCUUAUUAAUAUGCUUAAUAUUGUAAUUAUUAAUAUUAAAUUAAUAUAAUUAAUAUAAUAUAAUUAAUAUUAUAAUUAUUAUUAAUAAUAAUAAGCCACACACACACACUUUUCAUUGCUCUCCUAGUCUCGUGUAUAGCCGUACCCUUCCCAUCUGUGUGAGGAUUCCUUUCUCCCCAAGCGGAAGGGUGUUGGCCCUUAUGUGGGAGGGAGAUCCUUCAUCACAAGCUUGUCUCACUUGUUACAAUUAGGGGCUGGAAAGGGGUUCUGGUAGCUGCUGAGGGCAGUUGAUAGCAAUAUCAGGCAGGCCGGGGCCUUGACAUACCGGGGCCUCCAAUUAUUAUUCAAUAAUGUGGAGAAAACAAUGCUUUUCUCACUCUGUCCUGCCUGCUCCCUUUCUCCUACCUCAGUCUUCUUUUACUCUUAGAGCUGCAGUCCAAGGAACAAGUGGUCCUCUGCGUUUAUUUCCUGGGUUUGUGGCAUUGGGCAAGUGAUGUUCUUCCACACACCCCAGUCUGUAGCCAGUCUAAUAUCACUCUUCUCCUUCAAUUGCCUCCUUAAGCUUGUUCAACCAAAGCCUUCUGAAACCAAAGGGCCUUAUACUGAUGAGAGACUGCCUUGGAAACUCCUAUCUAAGAGGGAACAGGUUUCCUGAAUGGAUGUAGAUCUUCCCCCAUCCUGUGAAUGGGCAGUGCAGCUGCUCACUUAAAUUCAGAGAUGGGAGGUAAAAUUGGAAAGGCCUUGUGAGGUCCUUGGAACAAUAAAAAAAAAAGUAGCCUAGCAGAUGGGCUCCUUAUUGUCCCCGUGGGAUAUGGGCUUCGGUGUCAAGUCAGAAGGCCACCAAUUUUUUAGAGUAACUACAGUAUAUUUGUUUGUCGAGCUUUUAUCCUGAGCCUUUCUGGUACCACUGGAAGAAGAAUCAAAGGCUGUGGAAUCUUCCCAGAUUGCCUUGCUCUUACUGUGACAGCAUCCAGAUCCUACUGUAACAUUGAUGUAUUCUUCGUUUUUCUGUCUCGGAGCCUGUUUAAUGAAACAAUUUUGGGACAUCUAUUGAUUUUAUCCUCCACCAACCUGUGGAAGGGCUGCUGGCCACAUUCAAUGUGCCAUUCGGGGGUGGGUGGGGAGUGAUUAUUGCCAAUUCCAAGAAUCAGAGCCAGUGAUCAGCACUUUAGGAAUCACGAAAAUAAAGUGAUUGUGCAAAGUAGGUGUUAUUUAUUUCUGGAUUGCCAAACAACCUUAUAUGCUGCAAUAUUCAUUCCAGAAUUGAAGCUGCAAAUACUUGGAGCAAGAACUGUAUAAUUGUAGAGAGAAGAGGGUGGUGAAACUGGAUUGACGACAUGGAUUAAUUUUCCACUGGAAUUAGUUUUCAAAACUGCAGGAAUGUUUUGAGAAUUUGUCUUUCUGAAUGAUUUUUCAUAUUUGGAUCACCAAUAAUUUCACUGAAAUUUCACCGUAGUUGUAGGAGAUGGCCUGACAGUAGUGUUAAUAAUUAAAGAUCGGGAUAUGUGGAAUCGUAUGAUUCAUCUACUGGCCCUUUUGACAAAUGACCAAUUAGCCAUUAAUUGAGAAAGAUGGCACAAAAAUUUACCCAAGCAGUUAAAGCAACUGUUUUACAUGGGAAGUAAAAAGAAAUAGAAGGCAGGAGCUUAUUAUGAAUGGUAUAUAGCAAAACCUUACAAGAUCCUGGUGACGAGUGAAAUCUACUUAUCUUCGCUUCCGGUUCGCAAAUGUGUGAGAGAGAGAGUGCUGUGCACACACACGCCUCUUCCACGCAUGCACAGAGCCUUCAAAGCUUUCCUUCUCAGAAUUUUUCUGUGAUUAAAGGAGAAGUUGAUGAAAUCCCUACAUAGGGUAAGGCAAAGUUUAAUUCUUCAGGCUCAGAGAAUCGCCAAUCUUUGUUUUGAAUUUGAGCUGCUAGCUCUGCUCUGUGACAGGCAGUGGCCAGAAUUACUGAGCAGUUCCUUAAAUGAGUCCUGAAAAGAUAGGGUGAGGGGUACUGCUAAUUUCCAAGCUGUGCUCCUCAGUCAUGGUAUGCAAGCCUGAAUGGUGUACAGUCCACAGCUACCAUGUUGCUGGAAACUUUUGCCAUGCUAUGGGCCGCCUCCUGUGUGGCCUGCCUCACAGAUGAGCCCGGCAAGUGUUGCCAAUUAAACCUGGAGUGAAAGCUCAUGGUGAAGUUUAAUGAUCCUUGGCGUAGCAUUUUGUUCAAAGUGUGGCUGCUUUGAGCAAUGAUCCAGUGUCCAGAGGUAGAAAUAUCCUGCAGGACAAUGUUUUCCAAUCCAGGCAAUUUUGAAAUGUCUGUCCUCCAAUUCCGGAGUUGAAGUUCAGACAUUUAAAGUUGCCAGGAAUAGGAAACACCGCUGUAGGAUCUGUUAGUGACUGAGGCAUCCUGAGGAAUAGAAAGGGGUCUAAGGAAUCAUGUUUCCUUUGCAACCAUCACUGAAAAAGCCCCUGAGGUUUUGGGAGGGGUCAGAAAGUACUUUGGCUGCAUUGGUUCUGUCAGCUUGAAGGUUUGGCCUCUGAGUACAAAGAAGGAUACAAAGAAAAACAUGAAUAUUGUAUUCACAAAAGAGGGAAGGGGGACUCCCUCACCCUGCCCAGCUUGGCACUCUAAUACUAAAUUGAUGGAUGAUGACUCUAAACACUGGAGCUGUUGAGAUGGUGCAGCCACUCUUGCCGCUCAGCAGAUGGAGCUCAAGCAUUGAUGGCUCCUUCCAGUGUUAGCCCUGGAGAGGAAACGUGCAGCUCAUGGUUUUGUUUUCAAUUUUCGAGCAUUUUUUUGCACAUACGUAUUGUGGUCUGGAUCAGACCAACUCUGGUUGCAACACGAUGACAGAGGGAAGCUUCCACAGUUCAAUGUUCCCUACAGAAGUUUAGCUCUACAGGGAAAUAAGAAGGGAUUGUAGCUAUUGGAGAUCGCCAAGUGCACAUGGUACAGCUGUGUUUCCCACAAAUUUGGAUCUUUCCUAUAUAGUGAAAAUCAAUCAUGCUUUAAUCUAGCAUUUUGUGAGAACUUCUGGUUAGUUUCUGAUCAGUGCGUUUUGAAUACAAAAAAUCUGAGCUGAGGAAACCGGUUUUAAUAUAGGUAAAGCUCUAGUUUAGGGGUGUCAAACUCAAGACCAUCCUGGAAACAGCAAAGGACCACCCCGCAGUGCUUCUGCCACGCAGCUCUCCUGAGCUCCAUUUUCACUGGCAGAGGGUUGCAGGAGGCCGUGGCAGCCGAAAAUUGAGCUUGGGAGCCUGUGUUCACUGGCAGGGUGCUCAGGCCCCCAAGGUCAAACUCAACCCUGAUGUGACCCUCAAUGAAAUCGAGUUUGUCACCCCCUUGUUUAUUCUGUAGAUAAAUUAUAGUUAAAUCAUGGGUAAGUGCAUCAUGCAAACCACAGCCUAUAUGCAGCUGUGGUGUGCUGGGUAAGUGUAUACUACUGGCCCCUACAUACUAUUCUGCAUUGAACACUGCAGUGUUGCUAAAAGGUGAGCCCUAUUUGGCUUAGCAGCCCACUAAAACAUCUAAAACAAAUGAUAUGACAAUAAGAGUGGUUCUGCCUCAGCAGCUCUCAGUUCUUAAGAUAGACCAAGCAAUAUGCUAUCUUCAAGGGACAGAGUCAAAGAAAGCUGAUCCUGCUCACCCCACUCACACAUCCCCCAUUAGUGCCCCCCCACCUCUUGAAUAUUCUAAAUCUGGAAUGAAACAUGACUUCAGUUUUUGAAGUCUUUCAGCUUGGCAUAAAAUAUCUUUAGAAAUAUUCCUUAAGGGGCUUUCUAUUAAUUAUUAAUAUUGUGGGAUUAAUAUGGAUCUGAUCCUUUGUGGGUGGUUAAAUUGCAUUUGAGAUUCUGCUCACUGUUGAAAUCCCAUUUUAGAUUAAGCUGAAAGAAAACAAAAACACAGUUCACAUACCUAUUAUAGUUCACAUACCUAUUAUAGCUUAACCACAAUGCAAGUUUACUGGUAAUCCUCAACAUACAAAUUCCUGUUUAGCAAGCAUUCAAAGUGAGGGUUUCAAUGGCACUGAAAAAGCUGACUUCUGACUAGUCCUCACACAACUGUUGCAGCAUUCCCACAGUCACUUGACUGAAAUUCAGGCACUUAGCAACCAGCAUGUAGCUACGAUAGCUCCAGUUUAUCCAAAGUCAUAUUUGUGAUUGUCAUUUGCAACUUUCCCAGUUGGCUUCUGACAGAGUAAAUGGGGGAAGCUGGAUUUGCUUAACAAUGGUAAGAUUCUCUUAACAACUACUUGACAACCAUGAGAAAAAAGGUUGUAAAAUUGGGUGCGACUCAGUUAAGAACCUCCUUGCUUAGCAAUAGAAAUUCUGGUCCCAAUUGGGGUUGUGAGUUGAGAACUACCUGUAUGGUGCAAACAUGCUGAUAAAAGAAUUUGAAUCCAGCUCUAGGGGAUCAAGUGGCAAAAAAAAGUCAAAUUCCAACCCUUCUCAAAAUAUCUCUGCUUUCGUGGCCAUUUCAUUCACAAACUGCCAUGUAAAGACCUGGAGGAGAAAGAUAAUUUCCUGACACACUCGGAUUGCCAUUAUGACAUUUUUCCAGGUCACUGUAACUCUAUAAGAAGUAGACUUAUGGAGGAGAUACAUCUCAUACAUCUAAUUUAAUUUCUGAAUUUAUUGUGGACAGGGGAGGUAGUGGAGUGCAUGCUGAAAACAGAGAUGGAGGAGGCUUAAUGUGUGUUACUAUGAAAGGUUGGAGGAUGAGACAUUUUUUUGAGUCCUGAUUUGAAACUCUCUGACAGUGGAGAAAUGGAUAUGCAAGUUCCCUUUGCUAAAAGGUAUUUCAGAUUCAGAUCUUGUUUCGUGUUGACACGCCAUAAGAACUGCAGAUGAUACACACUAUGUAUGGCUGGUAAUACAGUGACAUCGCUGGGAGGAAUGGGAAAGCUGAACUAUUCAACAUUUUUGGGUGGGAUAAAAAGAGACAAAGUGGCUGCUUUAAGCUUUGGUGCUGAUCAUAAUUGGCAGUUUUGUCUGCUCUUCAGUGGGCACUGUUUGGGGAUGAUCUUGAGACUGAAAAACUAGAUUUGGGUGCGGUGGGGUGGGCCUCCUGGUGCAGCUCUUGUUCUGUCAUCCCAGCAUUCAACUUGAUUUUGUUUCAGGUUAGUUAGCCUAAAUAACUUAAAUGAAGGUAUCUGACUUUGUUGGAAACUGCCCCAGGCUUUUCCAACAUGAGUACUUAUUCCUAUUUCAAGCCAUCUUAUGUACUUAGUUAAAUCUGAUUGUAAAACUUUCAAGUUGAUAUAAAGAACAGUGUCUUUUUCUGAUCCAUUAUAACAAAUGUUCCUUCAUGUACAAACAUAUAAGGGGAUUGUUAAAAUGUACAAUAUUUAUGAUCUGCUUUUCAAUAUAAAUAGUAAAGUUUGUGUGUGUGUGUGUGUGUGUGUGUGUGUGUGUGUGUGUGUAGAUCUCUCUCUCUCUUUUGCUCUUGCUCUCUCUCCCUCUCCCUCUCCCCCUCUCCCCCCCCUCUCAUAUAAAACCAGCUGUCAUGCACAUUGCAGGGCACAUGGUAAUGACAUACUGCCAGGCACUAAUGGACAGGAUCCAAACUGUCAACAUUUCAACUGCAUGAUAUGGAAAAUUAAGUGGUACAAAUUAGAGUUCCGUAGUCAAGUUAGAAUUCCAUCAUUCAAAUCCCUAAUGAGCUAUGAAACUAGAGGUCCUUGCUCAUCAUCUCUCUUCCUAACUUGGCCCACAGAGGUAUAGAAAGACUAAUUACCUGAAGUUUUCUGGGGAAAAUAUUAAUAAAUAUAAACUUAGAUUUAUUGGAUUGGCAUGAAAGAUGCCCCAGAGUUCAUGCAUCUCUUUUAAAUUUGAAUAAGUGUACAGUAUCAAGUUUUGUUUUCUUUUUCAAACAAUAGGAUAGAUUUUCCAAGUGAGGAAUGAAGACACAGAUGUUGUUGUUACUGUUUUGUUGUUACAUUCCUUAGAUUUAUUGCUGAAUUCUUCACCAAAGUGGCUCCCAAAGCAGAUAUCAGCUUGCUGGAAAGUUGCUGGAAAGCACCAAACCAGACAGUGUGAUGCCCUUUUAGAGUUUCUUUGGCUUGAAGCCGGCACCCCAACACAAUAGGGGAGAGAAAAUGGACAAGAUGUCACUGGCCAGCAACUGCUAAUUGGGUGAUAGCAGGCAACCAUGUUCUUCAAAGCAGAACACAACUCAUUUCU